UACUCAUGGAAAUGGAUAGUUUUGCAUCGCUGCAAUGAGUGUGUGUAUACAUACACACACUCAUUGCACAGACACAAACACGUUUGUGUGUGUCUCUGGGGGCGGGGGAUUUGCAGAGAAAUAGAAACCUAUGCAGUGCGGUGAUGUGGUUGUUUUCCACACAGUGAAGCUUGGUGGAUGGAGUACUCUUUCUUUUGACUUACCUACACAAGAAACCAGCGAAAAGACAUGGCCGUCCACCAGCAGCCGACCCAGGUGGUGACAGUGAUGCGCACAGCCCAGGGCCCUGGGUCAUGGAGCACCGGCCUCUGUGAUUGUUGCAUGGAUAUGAGCAGCUGUUGCUGUGGUUUUUGGUGCUUCCCCUGCAUGCAGUGUCAGACUGCCGGUGAUCAUGGCUGGUGCUGCUGCAUGCCACUCCUGGACGUCUGUUGUGUGGUGUCCUGCUUACUCCGCUCCUCCAUCCGAGAGCGCCAUGAUAUUCCGGGCUCAUGCUGCGACGACUGCUGCAAGUUGCUGUGGUGCUACACGUGCGUCUGGUGCCAGAUGCAUCGUGAGGUGAAGAUAAGGAAUAACCGACCCAUCAACACCGCAGUGAUCACCUCGCAGGUUUAUCCAGGAUAGGAUAAACCUGUUUUGUUUGUUGGCUAAGGGUUUGUCACAUGUUUGAGCCUACUAGUUCUGCUUGCAAUGCCAUUUGUAUACCUAUAUAUCGACUUUUGGCUUUAAGCACUUAGUAGCGAUGUGCCAUUUGUAACGCCUAGAUUUUAUACUUAACUUGAGAUUCACUGUUUAAGCCAGAGUUAGUAUGUUAGCUUGUUGGAUGUUGUCAUGUUUUUGUAUUACCUUCGAUUCCGUCUGGGCAAUAAAAUACUGCUACUUUAGUUAACAAACUA